AACCGCGUUUUACCAACGCUCAUAAAACCCUCCUUCUUCUUCACUACCCCCACCGCUUCACACGUUAAUUAUGGCUGCCUCUGUUAAUAAUAUUGCAGCUACAUUUGCCACCGCCCAAAUCACAUCAUCCUCUUCAUCAUCAUCGUUGCCGCCGUCGUUGAGCCAAACAAGUUUUCCUUUAACAGUCUCACAUAAAUCCAUCUUUACAGAAUGGAACCCCCACACCACCCUCCCCAAGUCCCGAAGGUCCUCCCUCCUCAACCUCUACGGGCAGCCAGGCCCGCCUCCGCUCCGAUCAGUCUCCACCGUGCAUCCCCGCCAUCACAUUACGAAACAGCACAAGCCGAUCUCGAUCCCCGUGGGCGAGAAAUUGCCGAACGUAACCCUUUCUUAUCUCAACCGAAACGGUGCCGUCCAGACCGUCGCUCUCUCAAGCCUAUGCAAGGGAAAAAGAGUGGUGUUGGUUGGCGUUCCGGCCGCGUUUUCUCCGACUUGCGCUCAAUUCGUCAAACGGGUGGAAUCGGCGAAAUCGGUGGGUUCGGAUUUGAUAGCGUGCGUGGCCGUCAACGACGUGUUGGUGAUGAAGGCGUGGGGGGAGAAUCUGGCCGUUGGUGAGAAGGUCAUGAUGUUAUCUGACGGCUGUGGUCAGUUGUCCGCGGCGCUAGGUGUGUCUCUGGAUAUGAGUGGCAGGGCUUGUUUGGGGUUUGGUGUACGGUCCAGGAAGUUUUGCUUGUCUUCUUUCAACGGCGUGAUUACGAGCGUGAACUUUGACGAAGAAGAAGAAGAAGAUUUCUUCGUCUCUCCCAAAACCAAAUGAAAAGUCGUUCCAAAUUCCAACUUCUGAUUGCUGUGACAUUCGAAUCUACUACCGCCGGGCAUUGAAGUUUGUUGGUAACACAACUCUACCUCCAGAAUCCUACCAGUACUGGAAUUUGACCAGUAUGGCCGUCGGUCAGAAUUCGGCUAGUACAACGAAAUUCUGGUGAACCAAAUUCCGGCCGUACUGGGCGGAAUCUGAAAAUUUUUGCUUGAUUCCAGCCAAACUAAGCCAAAUUCAGGUGAAAUUGGCCGGAUUUCGGCCGUACUCAUUAGAUUCCGGCCAGUUUGGCUGAAAUCUAUUUGCCGGAUUUCGUUUUACGCCGUUGGUGAUUUUUUCGUACAAGCUAAAUGCUAGAAGAAAAUAUUUUCAGGUAAAUUAUUUUUCUGAAAAAUGAUUUCGUUUAAAACAUUUUAUGAUAGAAAACAUUUUAUGUCGAAACAAACGGAGUAUAAAGCUGGUUAUAAC